AUGGCCUCCAUGGGGAUGCAGGUGCUGGGCAUUGCCCUCUCUGUCAUCGGCUGGCUGGCCUCCAUUCUCUGCUGCGCGCUGCCCAUGUGGCGGGAGACGGCCUUCGUCGGGAACAACAUCGUGGUGGCGCAGAUCAUCUGGGAAGGGCUGUGGAUGAGCUGCGUGGUGCAGAGCACGGGGCAGAUGCAGUGCAAGGUCUACGACUCGCUGCUGGCCCUGCCGCAGGACCUGCAAGCCGCCCGCGCCAUGGUGGUGGUGGCCAUCGUCCUGGCCAUCCUGGGCACCCUGCUGGCCGUCGCUGGUGGCAAGUGCACCAACUGUGUGGAGGAUGACACCGCCAAAGCCAAGGUCAUGAUCCUGUCUGGCAUAAUCUUCAUCGUCGCCGGUAUCCUCAUCCUCAUCCCCAUCUCUUGGUCAGCCAACAGCAUCAUCCAGGACUUCUACAACCCUCUGGUCUCUGACUCGCAGAAGCGGGACUUGGGCUCGUCUCUCUAUGUGGGCUGGGCGGCCUCGGCGCUGCUGCUGCUGGGGGGAGGGAUCCUGUGCUGCACCUGCCCCCCCCGCGGAGAGAAACCCUACUCCGCCAAGUUCACGGCUGCUCGCUCGCUGCCAGCCAGCAACUACGUGUAG